AUGGCCACUCUCAUGCGCGACCCCGGCGAGACGUCGCUCGACACCCUCCUCGCCACCCUCACCACCGUCCUCGACCCCACCACCUACGUCUUCACCACCGUCCCGGGCGACAAGGACCUCCCGCCCCUCCGGGACGUCCAGCUCCUGUUCCGCGAGGACGAGGGCGUCACCGUUGUCACCAGCCUCGAGAUUGCCGCCGCCCGGAGGAUGGAGUACUUCUUCCCCUGCAAGCGCAUCACCCUCAACGUCACCUCCAGCCUCGAGGCCGUGGGCUUCAUGGCCGUCAUCGCGACGAGGCUUGCCACCAAAUCUAUGGGCGUCAACCCCGUGAGCGGCUUCUACCACGAUCACCUGUUUGUUCCGCUGGGGCGGGAGAACGAGGCCUUGGCGGAGCUCAAGGCCCUGGCGGACGAGAAGAAGGCUCAAGUUGGGAAGGCUUAG